AUGCCAUCGCCAGCUAACGAACGCGUUGUGGUGACGGAGCUAGGAGAGGUCGCUGCUCAGGAGACUGACGACCGUCACCGCUUCAGAUUUGCGACGCCGUCGUCGUCGUCUAAUACGUCGUUCUCGCCGUUCAUCAACACCAGAACAAAGACGAGAUCGAAGUUGUUCACGUCAGCUGCCGAAAUGAUGGUUUUCUUCGAGCACUUUGACGCAUCUGCGAAGCUACGUUACCUUGUAUCGGCAUCGGGCUCCCUCCGAACUGUUGAGGCAGUUUCAUCGGUGGCGGUGCGAAUGGCUGUACAAAACAAGAAUCCCGGUGAAGCGAUUUCCGAUCCUUCCGGUUAUUAUGACCCUCGCGAUGGACGAUUCUACUGCAGUCAUAACGAGGUGGCAGUACUAAAAGCGCUGCACAAGGAUUAUGGUAUACCAUGUAACCCGAUACCGUCCGAUGAUCCGGAAGCCACUGACCGAUUUGUAUCCGUUGUGCAAGUGACGGAAGACAAAUAUGAACGAAUAUUAGCAGCUGUGUCACAGAGAGAAGGCGAACUCAACUAUGGUGUUGGUUUCUAG